CUGUGUCCUCAUCACCUCAUCAUCUUCAGUGUCCACAGUCUCUGGUCAUCUCCUGUACUAUGUCCGCAGUCUCUGGUCAUCUCCUGUACUGUGUCCGCAGUCUCUGACCAUCUCCUGUACUGUGUCUGCAGUCUCUGGUCAUCUCCUGUACUGUGUCCGCAGUCUCUGGUCAUCUCCUGUACAUGUCCGCAUUCUCUGGUCUCCCCUGGUCAUCUCCUGUACUAUGUCCGCAGUCUCUGGUCAUCUCCUGUACUGUGUCCGCAGUCUCCGGUCAUCUCCUGUACUGUGUCUGCAGUCUCUGGUCAUCUCCUGUACCGUGUCCGCAGUCUCUGGUCAUCUCCUGUACUGUGUCCGCAUCUCUGGUCAUCUCCUGUACCGUGUCCGCAGUCUCUGGUCAUCUCCUGUACCGUGUCCGCAGUCUCUGGUCAACUCCUGUACUAUGUCCGCAGUCUCUGGUCAUCUCCUGUACCGUGUCCGCAGUCUCUGGUCAUCUCCUGUACCGUGUCUGCAGUCUCUGGUCAUCUCCUG